AUGACGCAGGGUCAGUUGCUGGGCACCAGUGGGGAUGUGAGAGAUGGAGAAGGCACGCGGAAAAGGAUGAAGAUUUCAGUGCCGCACUUUAACAACUCGGCUCUCAUCAAAACCUAUUCCAAAACCUUGAUUGGCAGAUGCAUGAAUCCUCCAGAACAGGAAAUGAAGGCGUUGAUACAGAAUAUUCCAAAGAUAUGGAAACUGGAGGAUCGAGUGGUGGGGACAGAUUUGGGUUUUGGCAAAUUUCAGUUCGAUUUUGAGACAGAGGAAGAAAUUGAAACGGUGUUGAAACUGCAACCCUAUCACUUUGACUACUGGAUGCUCGCUCUGGCACGUUGGCAACCGAAGAAGACACAGCUCUUCCCAUCAGAAAUAACCUUUUGGGUUCGCGUUCUUGGCGUGCCGAUGGAGUUUAAGACGUCCCCUACCUUUGAAAGUAUUGGAGAUGCGCUUGGACGAACGGUCUCUGUGAACUUGGAUAAUUCUAGAGUCCAAGUGGUGGUGGAUGCUUUCCAACAAUUAUGUUUCGAGACCACAGUGGAUUUUAAAUGUGGAGAGUUUUAUGAGGGUGAGGAAGUUGCGAUAUCCUUGAGGUAA